GCGCAGUAGUGCAUGAGUGGAUGUCACAUGAUUGAGAGUCGGAAUCCUAUUUCUUGGUGGACGAAAGCGUGUUCGAAAAUUAUAGAUCUUAUAAAAAUGGGAGAUAACUGCAAAUUAUACGUGGGAAACCUGUCCUAUGAUUCAACAGAAGAUGAUCUACGUGAAGCAUUUCAGAAAUAUGGCAAUUUGGAUCAGGUCAUUGUUGUCAUGGAUAGAGAUACAAAUCGUCCACGUGGUUUUGGUUUUGUGACAUUUGAAGAUGAAAGAGAUGCCAAAGAAGCAAUCGAGGGAUUAAAUGACACGGAGCUGGGUGGAAGACGGAUUCGUGUCAGUGAAUCAAGACCCCAGAGCAGUGGUGGUGGUGGCGGCGGUGGCCGUGGUGGCCGUGGUCGUGGACGAGGAUAUGGUCGUGGAUAUGGAGGUAGUCGCUAUGGUGGUGGUGGGUAUGAAGGAAGAUCUGGUGGUGAUCGUUAUGGAGGAAGUGGAGGUGGUUACAGCUAUGACCGAUAUAAAUCUGGUGAUGGUGGACGAUAUACAAUCGCUCUUUGUACCUCUUCAUCAAAAAAUUACAAAAUGACGGAGACUUCUAACAAACUUUUUUUUGGAAACGUAGCCUUUAAAGCCAGUGAAGACGACUUGAAAAAAUUUUGCGAGAAUUACGGCAAUGUUGAAGAAGUUGUCAUUGUGAAGGACAGAGAAACGGGCGAAUCACGAGGUUAUGCUUUUGUCACGUUUGAGAAAGCUCAAGAUGCAAUGGAUGCUAAAGAAAAAUUAAAUAAUGCUGAAUUUUUUGGUCGAAAUAUUAAUGUAAAUGAUGCAAAACCUAAAAGUGCCGGAGGAGGUGGCGGCGGAGGCCAAAACAGAGGUGGUGGAAGAGGUCGUGGGGGACGUGGUGGUGGUAGAGGGAGAGGUGGUGGAAACAGGUAUGGUGGAGGUGGAUAUGGUGGUGGUUAUGGUGGUGGUUAUGGUGGUGGAGGUAACUAUGGUGGUGGAAACUAUGGUGGAGGAAACUAUGGUGGAGGAAACUAUGGUGGUGGAAACUAUGGUGGUGGUGGCUAUGGUGGUGGAAACUAUGGUGGUGGUGGAUAUGGUGGUGGUGGGGGAGGAUAUGGUGGUGGUGGUGGCUAUGGUGGUGCUGGUGGCUAUGGUGCUGGUGGAUAUGGUGGUGCUUAUGGAGCAGGUGGAGGCUAUGGUGGCGGUGGUAACUAUGGCAAUGAUGGAUAUGGAGGUCAAUACAACAACACAGGAGGUGGUGGGCCUCCAAGUGGUGGACAAUAUGGUUCUUAUUGAACAGGCGUUUGAUGACUGACUGAUUACCUGCCUGCCUGUUCAAUCCAGAUUGUAAAUAUCUCACUCGUGACUGUCUGUCUGGUCUGGUCCAUUACAAGAUUCAAAGUAUUAUGAUACUUAGGUGGCCUGGCAAGAUGAAACAAUGUCUUAUUCCUUGUUAUGUCUUUUUUUUACUUUUUAUCUAAAUUUUUUCUGUGAACGUAGCUCCGAUUAAAGUUGUCUUUAAUGAAAAA